AUGGAGGCAAAGGACGAAAGAAUGCAAGAGUAUCUGGUUCGGGUUAAGCACCUACAGACCCAUUUUCAUCACUUCUGCUUGACGCACGUACCCAGAAGUGGGAACACUCAUGCUGAUUCUCUCGCGAUGUUGGCUACCUCCUCGGCUCAGCCCCUUCCUCGAGUCAUUUUGGUAGAAAAGCUCGUCCGUCCGUUAACGGAGAAGGCCAACGGGAUCGGAGUACACAACAUCAGGAUAGGACCGAGCUGGAUGGAUCCUCUAGUACUGUACUUAAAGCACGACACCUUGCCAGAUGAUAAGGUUGAGGCUGACAAAAUCAGGAGAAAAGCUAUUCGAUUCUGGUUGUUGGAGGACUCCAAGCUUUAUAGACGCUCGUUCUCGGGGCCGUAUUUACUGUGUGUGCACCCAGAGGCUACUGAACUCAUCCUGGAAGAGUUACACGAAGGAAUUUGCGGAAGUCACACGGGGGGUAGGUCUUUGUCUCACAGGGCCUUAACGCUGGGUUAUUGGUGGCCGAGCAUGCAUAAAGAAGCCCUGGAGUAUGUGAAGAAAUGUGACCAAUGCCAGAGAUUCGCCCCAAACAUAUACCAGCCUGGUGGAGAGCUGAACCCAUUGUCCAGUCUUUGGCCAUUUGCGCAAUGGGGACUAGAUAUACUCGGACCGUUCCCCACAGGGAACAAGAAAUUUCUUCUCGUCGGCGUCGACUACUUCACCAAAUGGGGUAAUGGACAAGCAGAAGCCAUCAAUAAAACCAUAGUGAAUGGGUUGAAAAAGAGACUAGAUAACGCGAAAGGAAGAUGGGUUGAGGAGCUAGCCCAUGUCUUGUGGAUAUACCGCACUAUGCCUCGAAGGUCCACAGGGGAAACCCCUUUUUCAAUGACCUAUGGAGCCGAGGCUGUCAUUCCCUUAGAAGUGAACUUCCCAAUACAAAGGACUACCGCCUUCUGCCCCACUGCCAAUGACAAACUUUUGGAAAAGAGCUUGGACCUCAUCAACGAAAGAAGGGAAGGUGCAAUGGUCCAAUUGGCUUACUAUCAGCAGAAGCUCAAUCAAAGUUACGACGCCAAGGUAAAAUCCAGACCAUUGGCGCCAGGGGAUUUGGUACUGAGGAAGGUCCUGGGCACCGCGAGGAACCCUGCAUGGGGAAAGCUCGGACCAAACUGGGAGGGACCGUACCGUAUCACUUCCGUAGCUAGCAUAGGAGCCUACCUUUUGGAAGACUUGGAUGAACAUGUAGUGCCACGCCCUUGGAAUUUAGUGACGGAAUAG